AUGUCUUCAUCAGAACAGCCAGGAGCUCUUCAGCAACUCUCCUUUGCACUUGAUCCGCAGAGGUCGGCUUCAGUUUCUGAAAAGAUCACCUUUCUUCGAGCAUUUUCAGCGACACUUCAAGAUCGCUUAACUUUAGAACAGUCCCAACACAUUUUACAAGCAUUUCCAUUACAGAAUUUUUAUCUUCUCUUUUCAUACGAGGAUGACACUUUGACAACAUUAGUGUGUGAUCUGCUUAACAAGCUACUUUCACCUUUGACUUACGAGCAGAUUGUUUCCUCUGAGAAUAAGCAAGUAUAUAAAUGCUUAGAAUCAGAAAAGUCCACUCGACAGAUGGUUCAAUCUGAUGUUUUCCCACUUAUCCUUGCAACAAUUGCUUUCCAAGAUACCAAAACAGCCAACAAAGCCAGUGAUUUCUUGUACCAGUUAGCUAAAUCGUCCGAAAUGGGACAAGAGGCAUUUUUUGGUCCUACUUGUCAAACAAUGUUGCGACAGCUAUUACAAAUUACGAAUGAUAAUGGUAUCAUCAGUUUCCGUGUCUAUGAUUUGAUUAUCAAAGUCGCUACUUUAUCCGAUGCAACUUUUGAACAAGUCAAGAAUUCAGAUCUAUUGACCAAGUUUGGAAGGGAGUUGGAAACAGAUGAUUUGUUGGUACAGAUCAAUGCCAUUGAAUUAUUGAAUGAGGUUGCGACCACAAAAGCUGGAGUUGCGUUUUUGGAAAAGGCGCAGCUGUUACCUAGAAUUGCUCAAGUUCUAGACAAUGAGGAGGGAGAUGAUGACAUAGCUGUUCAGCUAGCCAAGUGUGCAACUGUUACUGUAUCAACGGUUGGCCUAAUUGGUUCUCAUGUUACAGGUUUACGCAAUUUAUCACAUCAAUCAUCACUGCUUAGGAAAUGUUUAUGCAUGUAUGAAACUGCAGUUGGACCUUUGAAGACAGUACUAUUACAAACUUUGUCAAAAUUAUUAUCUGUGAGGGAUGGCACUGAAGACAUUGAAUCAUUAACAUAUCAAAUUUAUGAUCAAAUUCCUGGUCGAUUUCCUCAAUUAGAUGGUCUGGUUAAGGAGGCUAAACAACCAGAUAACUCUAUACGUAUUGCGGCCUUUGCAGUUAUGCAAGCUAUUGCAUGCCAUAUCUGGGGAUUAAAGACCUGGAAAUUUGCUAUUGUCCAAACAAUGGGUUCUGCACCUGAUGCAUUGAGCAUAUUUGGUAAUAGUUACUAUGCUCAGCUUCAAGUUUAUAUUCGUCAAGGUGCCCAUUAUAAAUACAUUGAGCCAUCUGCAGCUGUUGAAAAUAGUUAA